CACACACACACACACACACACCCCUUCCACCAACCACUCUGACCAGGACCCCAGAGUUGGAUACGCUGCAGAGCCUGCCACCUGCAGGCCCUGCCAACCCCCCUUCUCCUGGAGCGCUGGGUUUUUCCAGCCGGAGCCUCACUCCCUCUACUGCAAUCCCUGGAAACUGGUGUCUGACGCGGCUGCUCCUGCACAUUAUUUAUUGAUUUCCUCUGCCCCCGUGGAGACCCUCCCAUCAGGAGAGCUGCCGUCCCGGGAGCGGGCACAGGCGGGAAGCAGGAGGCAGAGGGGAUGGAGGGAAGGACUGUUCAGCAGCCCCCACCCUGCUCAUCAAGCUCGUCAAGCCCCGCAGGGGCUGUGAGCACCAGGCAGGAGGCCAGGAGAGAGGAGGGAGACUCCAGGAGGAGGAGGGGACAGGAGGCAGCGCUUGGGGACCGAGCCCCCCUGAGCCAGCAGCGCCGGCUCAGACAGGCCACCCAGUUCCUGCACAAGGACUCUGCCGACCUGCUCCCCCUGGACAGCCUCAAGAGGCUCGGCACCUCCAAGGACUUGCAGCCGCACAGCGUGAUCCAGAGACGCCUGGUGGAGGGAAACCAGAGUCGGCUUCAGGGGGAGUCUCCCCUGGUGCAGGCCCUGAUUCAUGGCCAGGAGAGCAGGAGGAAGACCAGCAAGACAGAGAUUCCGGCUCUUCUGGUCAACUGCAAGUGCCGAGACCAGGAGCUUCGGGUGGCCGUGGACACGGGCACCCACCACAACCAGAUCUCCGCUGGAUGCCUCAGCCGCCUGGGGUUAGGGAAGGUCCUCAAAGCCCCAGGGGGCGGCCUGGCACCUGGGCCCCCCACCCAGGUGGAGCAGCUGGAGCUUCAGCUGGGCCAGGAGACGGUGGCCUGCUCGGCUCAGGUGGUGGAUGUUGAGAGUCCCGAGUUCUGCCUGGGGCUACAGACACUGCUUUCUCUCAAGGUAAGGAGGAUGCUAGCGCUUGACCCACACUUGGAGCCUGACCCAAAGGGCUGGGAAAAGGAGGUAAAAGGCACAGGCGUGGAAGUGUGGCUCAGCUUCUGAUGAGAAAGACCAGGAGAUGUCGUGAUUUCACCUUCGCUUCCUUAGAGGUUCCUUAUUUGCCCACAAGUGAAAAGUAAGAACCAGGUCCCACUGUCCCCCGAGCCCAGGGCUCCAGGUGAAUGGAAACAGGGGCAAGAGCAAGGAGCAGGGGGAGGCUGUGGGAAGUGGGAGGGGCCUGAGAGAGCGGCUCCCUGCUGAGAGAGGUGCCGCUGUCCCCG